AUGCUGGCCACUCUCUUCUCACUACUUUCUGCAAUUGCGCUUGUGCGCGGUGGCGCAUAUAGUAUCGAGGACACCUACGAUGGCUCGUCCGUUUUCGACAAAUUUGACUUCUUCACGGGCAAUGACCCUACCAAUGGAUAUGUAAACUACGUAUCCAAGUCAACGGCUCAGAACAACGACCUCGUUCAAGUCAGCGGCUCAAACUUCACUCUGCGCGCAGACGAUCAGAGUGUGCCCUCUGCAACGGCGCGCGGUCGAGAUAGCGUGCGCAUCUCCAGCCAGAAGUCGUACUCCACACAUGUCAGCAUAUACAAUGUCGAUCACAUGCCUAAGGGAUGUGGUACCUGGCCAGCGAUCUGGGAAGUUGGGUCCAACUGGCCCAACAACGGCGAGAUCGAUAUCGUUGAGGGCGUCAACCUGGCUACCCACAAUACGGUUUCCCUUCACACAGGAGCGGGAUGCACCGUGUCCGGGAACCGCAACGGCAUCAUGAAGGGCACCGCGCUCAGCAACAACUGCGUCUCCGGACCCGAUGGCAAUACUGGGUGCAACGUCGAGCUUGAGAGCGAUGACCACACCUUCGGCCAUCCUUUCAAUGCCAACGGCGGCGGUAUCUACGCGAUGGAGCGUGAUAGCGCUGGGAUCAAGGUUUGGUUCUGGGCCAGGAACGACACGAAGGUUCCGGACGAGGUCAUCAAUGGCGCCGAUAACAUCGACACCAGCACCUGGGGACAACCCCACGCGAACUUCCCGUCGACAGACUGCGAUAUCAACGAGCACUUCGGCCAGCAUAACAUCGUCAUCAACCUUACCUUUUGCGGUGAUCUUGCUGGUAGCCAAUAUGCCUCUUCUGGAUGCCCGAGCACCUGUAACGCCUUCGUACAGAACAACCCGGACGAGUUCAGCUGGGCAUACUUCGCCUUCAUGUGGAUCAAAGUGUACUCGUAG